AUGAGACAUUCGGCCAUCUCCAUCCUCUUUGCUGCAGCACUGUUGUUCGAGUGCUAUAGCUUAUCUGUGGCGAUACCCAUGAGCAAGACUGAAGACGGUUCCUUGGAAGAAGACACCUUCAACUCGCUGCUAAGUGAGGAGGCUGCAGGAAAUGAUUUCAGAGGUGCGGAACCAGCCAUCGUGAGCAACAAUGAGGCCCCCAAGGUCAUAGUGGUCGCCGACGCAAGCCUGUGGAGGAACCUGCGGAUGCUGGACAGAGGACUUCCCCUCUAUAAGCAGAGAGCUGUGGAGAGCAGGCUGACCUUCGAUCGCAGAGAUGCAGACCAGGACCCAAGCUUCACUGUCAUCAAAAAGGACACUAUGAGGUGUAUGGUGGGAAGGGUGUAUCGGCCAUGCUGGGAAGUUUAG